AUGACAUCAACAACUUUUACCACCGCAUCACAACCCUCAACCAACCACCUCGUACAAGGAAAGAAACUGCACUCCCGCUACCACGACACCAUUCAACCCGUCAUGCCAGCCGCCUUCAACAGCCAAUUCAUCAAAACUAACUGCAACACACUACAUACAAACGCCGCCCGAACCGCUGUUGAGAUUUACCACUCCUCGGUACUUCUCAACGGCUGGCUACCACCCACGCCAAAAAUCGACCCGUCCGAAGACAGCGGCGUGGACGCCUGGGUGAUCGUCUACAGCGUCGCCGACAGGUCGAGCUUCAGUGUCGCCGCGUCGCUGCUCGGCAAGCUAUGGACCAGCGGGCAGACGAGCUGCAGAGCUGUCAUCCUCGUAGCCAACAAAACAGACCUCGAGCGCACCAGAGCCGUGACCACUGCAGAGGGCCGCACGCUGGCUCGCACCUACGCCUGCAAAUUCAUCGAAGUGAGCGCCGGCCUCGACCACAACGUCGACGAGCUCCUCGUGGGCAUCCUGGCACAGCUCGCCUGCAAAUUCAUCGAAGUGAGCGCCGGCCUCGACCACAACGUCGACGAGCUCCUCGUGGGCAUCCUGGCACAGAUACGACUGAAGAGUUGCAGCCAGCUCAGCCACCGCAGCCACAGUCGGUCAGCCAUAGCGGCGAGGUUGGUGCGUAAGCUCAGCGGGCGAAUGUCUGGCGGGAAAGCCGUCCGCAUGACAGGAUUGGUCGGGAAGCUGCUCAACCGCGACAGAAAAGCCAAAUCCUGCGAGAACCUCCACAUAUUGUAG